AUGCUGUAUGCAAUAGCUUACUUUCAUUUUAGUGUUAUUGUAGCAACAUCUGAGCUGAGUACACCACCUGUGUUUGAUAAAGAUUUAGAAAUACAAGCCGAUCCACCGGGAUGGGGAGCGCAUUCCAGUUUCAGGAGCAUUGGGAAGAUGUUCAGGAAACUAGUAGUUAUUGUUGUGCUCGUUACGCUCGUCCAGAACGCAUCAGGUAAUCCUAUAGAUAACAACAGAAAUGCACCGAAGGCGCCUCCACGUGAAAUCAUUCAAUAUCUAAACUGCUCUGACUUGAAAAAAUAUUCAUUGGCGGAAGAUACCAUUCAACUGAGUCAUCUCAACAUUAUAGCAGCGGACAACCCAUGUAUUAUGAAAGCUUCGGUAAUUAUUCUGAAGAACAAUAUUUUUCCCGGUCACGGAUAUGCUUAUAACAUAACUGGAAAGAGAAUCGUAAUGGAUAAUAAUGAAUUCAAAGGACCUGAACAAAACCAUUACGUAGUUGGAAAUAAUGUACAUCUAGAAAACAAUACCUAUCAAGGCAACCUCCAAGUACAUGAAGUAGAAAACUAA